AUGGCAAUUCCAGUAGUGCUCAUCGUCUUUCUAGCCAUCUCCACCAUUUUCACGCCUCCAUGCACAGCUGAUAGUGUACUGUACACAGGCGAACGUCUGGAGGCGGACCAAUCACUGAUUACCGGCAACUACGAGCUCAAAAUGGAAGAUGAUUGUAAUGUAGUGCUGCUUGACAAUCACGAGCAGAUAUGGGAGAGUGGAACCAGCGGCAAAGGCAGUUUUUGCUUUGCUAAUCUGACAGCAUAUGGCGAGUUUGCAAUAUUUCAGUACUACACGGAUGAAAAAGUUUGGGGCAACGGUGCCAAGCUACCAGAAGAAACAAACUGUGUCCUAAUCGUACAGCGUAACCGGGAUGUCGUGGUGCACUGUAAUCCUCUUUGGUCCACUGAGACCAGCAUCCAACCAGCAACCAAGGCACUUGGACGCAACAUGGGAAUAGGGAACAGCGUCAAACCAGGACCCAAGGCACUUGGACGGGCAUUCGUGUUAGUGAACUCUGAAGGAGAAUCGGAGCUGGGAUCCAUGAUCACUCAAGUAGUUAAUGAGUGA